CCCUGCCCGAGCGGCUACCGGCCCAACCCACCCGGGGUGGCUGUGGCCGGGUUGGCUGCGGGACUGCGGCGACCCUGGUGUUCCAGCGCGGUCAGAAGUGUGUGUUUAAAAACUUAGCCCACCAUGCUUUCCUGUUUUUACUCUGCUACUAGUUGGCUGGUUAAACAUCAGGGGUGAAGACUGAGCAUGCUCAGCCUGGCUUCACAGACUAACGUUCACGCCAGUAGAUUUCCCCCAGCCCUCUGCAGGUGAUUAGUUUCCAAGUAUUUAAGCUGCAUGUGAGUAGAAGCACAAUGAGAGCCAGUCAGAAGGACUUUGAAAAUUCAGUGAAUCGAGUGAAACUGUUGAAGAAGGAUCCAGGAAAUGAAGCGAAGCUAAAACUCUAUGCCCUAUGUAAGCAGGCAACUGAAGGACCUUGUAAUACACCCAAACCAAGUGUUUUUGACUUGAUCAAUAAGGCUAAGUGGGACGCAUGGAAUUCUCUUGGCAGCCUGUCCAAGGAAACUGCCAGGCAGAACUAUGUGGAUAUGGUGUCCAGUCUGAACUCUUCUUCUGAAUCUUCUAGCCAAAUAAAGCCUGGAGCCGACGGGGAACAACCGGGAUAUGAAACCCUGGUGGUGACCUCUCAAGAUGGCAUCACAAAGAUCAUGUUGAACCGGCCCACCAAAAAGAAUGCCAUCAGCACUCAGAUCCUUACCACCCUUCUAGAAGAAAAUAAUACAACUGGUCACCUGCCAUCACCCACCACACCUCUUUCUUAUCACUUCUUACCACAUGCUGCUGCACUACAAAACCCUCCGCUAAGCACCUGCCCCACAAAGUACAGGAGAAUGCAACUCUGACAAUACAUGCAUUUUAAUUCCACCAUAACAAAAUCAUUGGGUCAUCUUCUGUUUGGUGAUAUUUUGUUCCUACAUGAAAUUCAAUGCAUUAAAAUUUUAUAAAUAAAAUUCCAAUUUUA